CUUGCAUUGAGUUCUUCGCAUCAAGAUGGCAGAUCGGUCGCUUCAUGCGGUGCUAUUUCAAAUAAGAUGAUGGACUGGGAGUGCAGGGUGUGCAAAAAGAUUCAUCGUUCAAGACUCCACCUCCUCAGACACUACAGACUACAACAUAGACAGUGCUCAAAAAUAAGUCCACUUCCAUAGUUGAAGGACGCUUACUGCUGAGUCCAAAGAGGUUCAUACCAGUUACACAUAAUGGACAGAAGUGAAAGCACAUCUGUAAGCAUUGACUCUUGCGCAAUGAUCCUACGUGUUGUUCAAGCUGAUCGUGCAAGGAAAAUUAAACUUGAUGCACGACCAUCCUCUGUCAAUGCUCUCAUUCAAACUCUUAAAGAACAACUUCAGCUGGACCUUGAGUUCAGACUACAAUAUGAAGACCCUGAAUUUGAUAAUCAGCUAACUUAUUUGGAUGACAUUUCUGACUUGCCUCAAAAGGCAGUUGUGCAUAUCCUGCCAGUGGAAUCGGUUAUUUUCACUACAUCAACUGUCAUUCUCUCAGAUGUGUCAAACCCUGAGCGUAAUAAGAUAUGGUCACGUGAUGAUUUUCCAAUUCCACAGUUUUCUUAUGAUGUCGAGCUGAGACUCAGACAGGGAAAUGCUGAUUUUGAAAAAAACGGAAAGAGUCUAAAGUUGACCAGAGACCAAAAACAUGACAUUUUAGAGAAGCUUGGCUCAGCCCUCUAUGAUUUCAAGGCAUACCCAGAUGACCGAGAAGUAGGAAAGGUAGCAGAGGCCCUCAUUAAAAAACACCCCUGUUUAAAAGAGCCAGGCUCUGACACUGGUUGGAACGGCUGGAAAACAAGCAUUAAGUUUAAGAUGGGCAACUUGAGGAGCAAAAUGAGGAAAAUUGGGUGUCUCGAAGUUGCUGUGAAUGCUGGGAAAAGAAGCCAAACCCACCCUGAGAAUGAACUAUCACAUUCCAAAAUAAAGAAACCAAGGCGUUCUGAGGUUAACUAUUUGCCUAACUUUCCUGUGGGGGAGGAUGAAGCAUCGCUGGAAACAAUACGACAAGAAAUUGCCUUAGAAGUAGAGAAGAGAGAAAUAAACCUUUGUGUCAUCCACAAGAAAAUGGAGAAAACAUUUGCUCUAAGACGGCAGACCAUAGUAAACACCAGCCCAUCGGUAAAAGAUUUUCUGCAUCUCUGGCCUGCACUGCGUGUAACAUCUGAGAUAAAAAAUUUUAAUUAG